AUGGGUCUUCUCUCGUACACUAUCAAGCUCGCAAUCGCAGUCUUGCCUAUGGUUGAUGCUCUUGGUGGUUGCACUUCGAAUCAGCGAAAAUCAUGGUCAUCUCUCACGGACGACGAGAAAUCAGAGUUUAUACAGGCAGAACUCUGUCUAAUGAACUCGGUGCCGCAGUUAUUCACCGAGUGGGCUGAGAACCGAUAUGAUGAGAUCAUCUAUACACACGUUAUCCAAGCUUCUGUUAUCCACAAUGUGGGCGCAUUCCUUCCCUGGCAUCGAUUGUAUGUGCGUGCACAUGAGAUACUGCUGCAGAACGAGUGUGGCUACUCUGGCGCUCAACCGUACUGGGAUGAACUCGCCGAUGUGGAUAACAUGACAGCCUCGGUUAUAUUUGAUAAUGAGGUUGGAUUCGGUGGGGAUAGCGACGGAUCCUGUAUUUCGACAGGUCCAUUCGCAAACUAUACCUCUCAUGUCAACGCCGACGGUGUGGGUAUGUCUGACUGUAUAACGCGCAAUUUCCGUGCCGAAACAUUUGAGGAUGGCGCAUCGCAGGACCAAAUUGACACCUGCCUCGACACUGGCAACUACGACGAUGCAAACGAUUGUUAUUCUGGUUCUCUCCACAACGCUGGACAUGGCGGUAUUGGCGGGAAAAUGGGAAAUGUAGUAGCAAGUCCGACAGACCCGAUUUUCUUCCUUCAUCACGCCAACCUUGACCGCUUGUGGUGGAACUGGCAAUUGGAAGACCUUGAUACUCGUUUGACUGAAAUUGGUGGCGACAACUACCCAAAUGCACAACUGCUCCAGAUCGAGGGCAUCGAGUAUCCAGGCGCAGAGAUCACAGACUAUUUCGGAGACGAUGGAAACGUCACCACUCUGAAUCACAAUCUUUGGAUGGUUGGUCUUAUUUCCAAUUACACCAUCGGGGAUGUCAUGGAUCUGCAGGGUAACAUAAAUCCCAACGUCAACAUUGCUCAUUCCGAGACAGAGACUCUUGCAAAUCUUACUGCUGCGGAGCAUGUCUUCAAUAAGGACACGUUCAAGACGAUCAUGGCCGUGUUUGAGAUUGUUUGCACUAUCAAGAUGCCACUGCAGAUGGCAAUACCGGUGAUGAUUGCCAUGCACCAGAAAGAGAACAUUCGACCUGCGUUGUCACUGUAG